AUGAACUCUGUUCCCAAUUUGUUCAAGGGUCUCACCGCCGUCGCAGCCGUCAGCGCAGCUAGCAUCACCUACUUGUACAACACGAACCCAGAAGCAGCCAUGUUUUACUGGAUGCCCUCCAAGACAAACAUUGCCGCCGCAACGGCGUCGAAUGCGCUUUAUAAACCUGCAAAGCGACCCGUCGGUUUAUUUUUCGGCGGUACAUCCGGCAUUGGACAAGCUAUGGCCGAACAAUUUGCGCGCCAAACCAACGGACGAGCCCAGAUUGUCAUCCUUGGUCGAAACGAGCAGGCCGCUCGAGCGAUCAUUGAAGGGUUUCCGAGAACGGAUUCUUCGACUCCGGAAGAAGAAUCUUCCAAGUAUUCGUUUAUCAAAGUCGACGCAACGUCCAUGGCCCAAGUUCGCGAGGUGACUGCCAAACUCUCCAGUGAACUGGACAAAGUCAACUAUAUCGUCGCCACGACAGGAUUCCUGACACUCAAAGGUCGUGAUGAAACAAGCGAAGGUAUCGAUAAAAAGCUGGCGUGCAACUUUUAUGCCCGGUUUCGUUUCAUUUACGACUUGAUGCCGCUCAUCGAAAAGGCUGCAAAUGAUGGAGAAGAGACGGGUGUAUUGAGCGUACUGUCUGCUGGACGUGGUCAACACGUCGAACUCGAUGACCUCGGUCUCGUGAAGCGAUACAGCUUGAGCAAGGCAGAGGGACAUGCAAUCACAUACAACGACGCAGUGAUGAACAACCUCGCCUCAAAGUACCCUAAAAGUCGAUUCUAUCACUCAUUUCCUGGGGCAGUCGAUACACCCAUACUCAAAGCGUUCCCUGGUGCUUCCAUUUUUUAUCCCACACUCAAAGUCCUUGCCAAACCUUUGCUCAUGUCACCAGAGGAAUGCGCUCAGGCAAGCCGACCCAUCUGCCAACUCCUCUCCCUGCUGAUUUGUUUAAUAGGUUAUGUGGUGGAGACUAUGGACGAAAGAAUCUCCAUGGACUACGGGUGA